AUGAGACAGACCGUCGACCGCUAUAUCGAAUACCUUAUUGGUUCAUACCAACAAUAUCCAUUGACACUACGAUAUUAUCCGUCUCUGGCUUAUAUCCAGAUGAAUUCGUUGACAGCCACGGCGCCCAUCCGGGCUGCCAUCCCCAAGUCAUAUAUGCAUCUCACAGCUCGAGGUUACUCCAGUGUCGUUGCCAUGAAUGGGCUGCGCUGUAGCAGUUCGUUGGUGGCGAACCGACAGCAGACGGCCGGAAAGCAAUUCAUAUCAACCACACCGAAACCGCAGAUCAAGGAAUUCUUUCCCCCACCAAAUGCGCCUCACGUCAAGGAGGUGGAAACAGCCUGGGUCCAUCCUAUCUAUACCGAUGCGCAGAUGAAAGAAGUCGUAAUUGCCCAUCGAGACGCAAAGAAUUGGGCCGACUGGGUUGCGCUGGGAACUGUGCGCGUUCUGAGAUGGGGUAUGGAUUUGGUGACUGGGUAUCGACACCCUCCGGCGGGGAAAGAAAACGAGGCCAAGUUCAAGAUGACCGAGCAGAAAUGGCUUACGCGCUUUAUCUUCCUGGAGAGUGUAGCCGGUGUACCAGGCAUGGUGGGAGGCAUGUUGAGACACCUAAGAAGUCUGCGACGCAUGAAGAGAGACAACGGAUGGAUUGAGACACUGCUCGAAGAGGCAUACAACGAACGAAUGCAUUUGCUCACAUUCCUCAAGCUCGCAGAACCAGGAUGGUUCAUGCGCCUCAUGGUUCUCGGAGCUCAGGGGGUCUUCUUCAACGGAUUCUUCAUUUCCUACCUGCUGUCGCCACGCAUAUGCCACCGGUUCGUCGGGUACCUGGAAGAGGAAGCGGUGAUCACUUACACGCGGGCGAUCAAAGAGAUCGAAAGCGGAAAGCUUCCCGCAUGGGAGAAGACGGAGGCGCCCGAGAUCGCCGUCCAGUAUUGGAAGAUGCCAGAGGGCCAACGCAGUAUGAAGGAUCUGCUGCUGUAUGUUCGGGCAGACGAAGCCAAACACCGAGAGGUGAACCACACUCUGGGAAACCUAAACCAGGCGGCGGACCCGAACCCGUAUGCAGCCAGGUACAAGGAUCCGACGAAACCUCAUCCGGAACAAGGGAAUCGCGAAUCUGAAGUCGACAGGAUGGGAGCGGGAGGAGGUUAUCUGAGAUCGCCCGAUCAAUGA